UAUUGACCUUACCGAAAUUUCUAAUAUCAUUUUACCAAUUUACCCGUACACCAUCAUUCGCAUCGUCCAUCAUUGUUUUUGCGAGUUCAAGAUUGGUUUAUCCAUCUAAAGUCAAGCCACAAGCAAAAAACAAACCAUGUUGUCCAGAUUAGCUCUACGUUCAGAACUGUUCCGAGUAGCACCACUAUGUGCUAAUGCUGUGCGCACCACACAAACCAAACCAGCAGUCUCUUCCACUAAUGAAUCAAUCAUUGUACCGGGGUUCCCAAAACCUAAUGGCCUACCUCAACCGAAUCCAUUUGAUGGACCUGAACGUGAUCUGGUGAAUUUUCCCAGAAUGGUAAGGUUGGAGUAACCAGCUAAAACUAGAUAUUUGUUCGUGCCCGAAGAAUGGUUUGAAGUAUUUUACAAAAAGACUGGAGUCACUGGUCCAUAUGUUCUUGCUGCUGGUAUCACAACUUAUGUAUUAAGUAAAGAAAUAUGGGUGGUUGAACAUGAAUUUCCUUAUGUAUUAGCUACUAUUGGUUUAUUCUAUGUUGGAUGGAAAAAAUUUGGAGCAUCUUUAGCUGAUUUCCUUGAUAAAGAAAUUGAUGAAUAUGAAGAAUCUUGUAAUGCCAGUCGUAAAGGUGAAAUUGAUGGCUUAACGGAAAGCAUUGAGAACCAAAAGAAAGAAGUAUGGAGAACUGAAGCUCAACAACAUGUAAUUCAAGCAAAACGGGAGAAUGUAGCUAUUCAGUUAGAAGCUAUUUACCGUGAACGAGCUCUUCAAGCCUACAACCAGGUAAAAAGGCGUUUGGAUUAUCAAUUGGAUUUGGCUAACUUGACACGCACUGUACAACAAAGACAUAUGGUUAACUGGAUCAUUGAAAAUGUUCUGAAGUCUUUAACAAAUGAACAAGAAAAACAAAGUUUUAAAAAAUGCAUGGUUGAUUUACAAGCAUUAGCUGCAAAAGCAUAAAUGUAAUUUCAGUUAGUGCCAUUUUUUAGAAUAUUGUUUAAUGGUAAAUAAUUAAACACCAAACAUUUUUACGUUCUUUAAUGUACUCAUUUAAAAGUAGAUUUCAUGCUAUCCAUAAAAAUAGAAAAAAUAAAAAAUGAAAUAUAAUUCUA